UUUAGUUCGCCCAAUUCACAAAAUCUCAAUUGUGUUGCCUUUUUGUCUCUCUCUCACUCGUCCUUAGCAAAAACCUAAAUUCACCACCGCACACACAACCCUCUCCUCUCUUCUCCCAAUCCAAUCGCCCCCGCUUUUUCUGAAUCUUCCACAAUCACAGUUUUUUGGCAACAGCUAUGUCUGGGGAACAUUUUGAAGUUGAAGAUGUUGGCUAUGUGCCUGAGAAUAUGGAAUUUCCGCAAAUCCAUUCUGAUGAACACGAUGAAGGAGAUGUGAUUGAUGACUCUGGGUUUCCUCAAGUGCACGAUGAUGAUGAUGUUGAUGAUAAUGAUGAUAAUGAUGAUGACGAUGAUGAUGAUGAGCAGGUGGGAAGUUUGGGUGACGAAGAUGCCAAUCCUCCUGAAAUCGAAAAUCAGUUUGAUGAUAAUGAUUUGGAAAAUUUUCCUGAAAUUAACGAUGCUCUUCCGCAAGAGCAUAUUGAGGAACAACCUAAUGGAGAAGACGUGACUGAGAAUUUUGGCUCUCCAGAAAAGCAGGGUCCUGGAGGAGAUUCAAAAGUAAGUGAAAUAAAGAAGUGGCCUGGUUGGCCUGGAGAGAAUGUUUUCAGGAUGUUGGUUCCUGCGCCGAAGGUUGGCAGUAUCAUAGGACGUAAAGGCGAGUUUAUUAAGAAAAUUACUGAAGAGACCAGGGCUCGAAUUAAAAUUCUUGAUGGUCCGCCAGGAACCGCAGAAAGAGCGGUAAUGGUUUCUGCGAAAGAAGAGCCAGAUCGCCCCAUACCACCUGCUGUAGAGGGUUUGUUAAGGGUUCAUAAACAAGUUGUCAAUGUGGACCGUGAUCCUGCAGAAAGUGCAUCAGGUGCAGGACGCCCAGGUGUUACGAGGCUUCUAGUGGCUGAUACUCAAGCAGGAAGCUUGAUUGGAAAGCAGGGGGGCACUAUAAAAACUUUUCAAGAUGCCACUGGUUGCAAUAUACGCAUCCUUGGUUCAGAACACCUGCCAAUUUUUGCUCUACGGGAUGAUAGUAUUGUUGAGAUACAAGGGGACAUGGCUGGAGUUCACAAGGCAGUUGAACUUAUUGCACUUCAUCUACGGAAGUUCUUGGUGGACCGCAGCAUAGUCGGAGUAUUUGAAACACAGAUGCAACGGCCAGAUGUUCGAGUUAACCACAAUGUGCCACCACACCAACCUUGGGGACCUCCUCCUCAAGGGUUUCCUGGUCUUGGCGGUGGACCUGCUUUUCCACCUAAUCCUCAAUAUAUGCCUCCUUCACAUAACUUUGACAAUUAUUACCCACCUUCUGACCUGCCUCCAAUUGACAAGCACAUGCAUCAGGGUCCACCACCUGCCUAUGCAAGGGAUGCCUCUAUGGGAAUUCAUUCAUCCAGUGGGCAGCCGCAACAAUCUGGUUCAAAUAAGGUCACACAGCACAUGCAAAUCCCACUGUCCUUUGCAGAUGCUGUUAUUGGGGCAUCAGGAGCAAAUAUUAGCUACAUCCGUCGUGCUAGUGGAGCAAGUAUUACAAUUCAAGAGACCAGGGGUGUGCCAGGAGAGAUGACUGUUGAGAUAAGCGGUACUGCUUCACAAAUACAGGCAGCCCAACAACUAGUUCAGAAUUUCAUGGCUGAAGCAGCAAAUGCUGCAGCAGCGGCAGCUGCACAGCAGGAUCAUAUGGGGGGAUCAAUUAACCAAGGCUAUAAUUCCUAUCCCACUAAUGCUCCUGUUUAUGCAUCUCCGCCAUCAAGUGCUCCGGGCCAUGCGGCUUCUGCAGAUUAUGGUCCUGUAUACGGCACCAAUUAUGGCUAUUGAGAAGAUUACAUUCAGUUUUAGUUGAGUAGCCUUAUGUUAACAUUUCGUUCAAUUUUAGUUCCGGUUCUAGUUCUUGUGGGUAUUGUAACCAGGUUUGGUUGUUGCCUAUAAUACCCCUUCUAUUUGAGUUGUACUGCAUUUAGUAUAAUACUUGGAUAGGAUUUAGAGAAUAUGGUGUUGAUUUAAAUUCCUUGUUGAUUUAUUUUAUGCUUUCAAAUAGGAUUUUUUGUGGGUCUUGAA